AGAGAGUGCAUUAAAUAACAUUAAAUUCUUCGAACCUAAACACAAAGAAAGCCUCGACCAGUCCCAUUUAUCUCUCCAUCUUCCCUCGCUUCCUAUCUCAUCUAUCCCCUCUCCUUUAAAUAUCAGUCUCCUCUGAUCACAUUAAUGAACAUUUACAAUCCAUAGAUUCAAUAACCAAGACUCAAAGCCCACUUCUCUGCAAGCAGUUCCAGAUCCAAUGGGCAAGAAGAUCAUGAAGAAGCUGCCUUCUCUCUUCAAGAACAGAUCAUCAGAAACAAAGUUGCAGCCAUGGCAAUGGCCCUCGUGCAAGCAUCCCAGGACCUAUUCAUUCCGAGCUGGGGAUCAUGACAUGUUCAAGACAGUGAACUCUGUUUUCCUUGAUCCCAUCAUCAUCGAUGGAGUCGAAACACCCGAGUCUUGGUUCUCAAACUCUUCCGAAUCCGCAAGCAACUCAACCGAGUCUGAGUUCGACUUUGAUGGGGAAUCCCUGGAAAUGGUUGUGCGUAGCGUGAGGUCGGAGAGGCUGUUUUACGAGCCAGGUGACACAAGCUCGAUCUUAGAGAAGGCAAAAGUAGACGGAGGUUUACCAUUUAAAGAGAGCGUGGUUUUGGCCAUGGAGUCGGAGGACCCAUACCUUGAUUUCAGGAGGUCAAUGGAGGAAAUGGUUGAGUGUCAUGGGCUGAAAGAUUGGGAGUGCUUAGAGGAGUUGCUGGGAUGGUAUUUGAAGAUGAAUGGGAAGAAGAAUCAUGGGUUUAUUGUUGGAGCCUUUGUGGAUCUUCUUUGUGGUCUUGCUGCUGCUCCUGCAGCUGGUUCCAAUUGCUUUGAUUUUACUUCUUGUUCUUCUUCCUCUACAAUAUUCUGUUCACCUGAUCAGGGUCAGAAUGAGAUUAAUGAGAUCGAAAAGAUGGUAAUGACUUAGCUUUUAAUGCAUCAGUUUUUGUGGA